UGUAGUACUCCAUCUGUGAAUGUACCCAGGUAGAUCUCACCAGGCCUCUUAUUCAUGAACAUUGUGGUUGUUCGUAUCCCUUGCUUUGUAACUGUGCUGCGGUGUAUAACCUCGCUCAUGUGCAGGUGUGAUGGAAGGGAAAUUUUCAGGAGUGGAAAUGCUGGGGCAGAGGGCACAUGCAUUUGUCAUUUUGUAAGAUGUUGCCCAAUUGUCCAAAGAGGUGGUGCCAGCUAUGCUCCCCCCGCUCAUCUCUCUCUGUGGGGAAAGACAGAGUUGUGCCUUGGGCUUUGAGAAUUGAGAGGCAUUCUCAUUCCGAUUCAGCAUCAGCUUGACAGCCUGGAGAAGAACAGCGCUUCUGGAGAACAGGAGAAAGAAAUUCACUACCAGCUGGUGCACCAUGUCGGUCAGCGUCCACGAGACCCGCAAGUCGCGGGGCAGCACAGGCUCCAUGAACGUCACCCUCUUCCACAAGGCCUCCCACCCGGACUGCGUGCUGGCCCACCUCAACACGCUGCGCAAGCACUGCAUGUUCACCGACGUCACGCUCUGGGCAGGCGACCGUGCCUUCCCCUGUCACCGUGCCGUGCUGGCCGCCUCCAGCCGCUACUUUGAGGCCAUGUUCAGCCACGGCCUGCGGGAGAGCAGGGACGACACUGUCAACUUCCAGGACAACCUGCACCCAGAGGUGCUGGAGCUGCUGCUGGACUUCGCCUACUCCUCCCGCAUCGCCAUCAACGAGGAGAACGCGGAGUCGCUGCUGGAGGCGGGCGACAUGCUGCAGUUCCACGACGUGCGGGACGCCGCCGCCGAGUUCCUGGAGAAGAACCUCUUCCCUUCCAACUGCCUGGCCAUGAUGCUGCUCUCGGACGCCCACCAGUGCCGCCGGCUGUACGAGUUCUCCUGGCGCAUGUGCCUGGUGCACUUUGAGACGGUGCGGCAGAGCGAGGACUUCAAUAACCUGUCCAAGGACACGCUGCUGGACCUCAUCUCCAGCGAUGAGCUGGAGACUGAGGACGAGCGGGUAGUCUUCGAGGCCAUCCUCCAGUGGGUGAAGCACGACCUGGAGCCGCGGAAGGCCCACCUGCCCGAGCUCCUCCGCAGCGUGCGGCUGGCGCUGCUGCCGUCGGACUGCCUGCAGGAGGCCGUCUCCAGCGAGGCCCUCCUCAUGGCGGAUGAGCGCACCAAGCUCAUCAUAGACGAGGCCCUGCACUGCAAAACCAGGAUCCUGCAGAACGAUGGCGUGGUCACCAGCCCCUGUGCCCGGCCACGCAAGGCAGGCCACACGCUGCUCAUCCUUGGGGGCCAGACCUUCAUGUGCGACAAGAUCUACCAGGUGGACCACAAGGCCAAAGAGAUCAUCCCCAAGGCUGACCUGCCCAGCCCCCGCAAGGAGUUCAGCGCCUCGGCGAUCGGCUGCAAGGUCUAUGUGACGGGGGGCAGGGGCUCCGAGAAUGGGGUCUCCAAGGACGUCUGGGUGUACAACACUGUCCAUGAGGAGUGGUCCAAGGCGGCGCCCAUGCUGAUUGCCCGCUUUGGCCAUGGCUCAGCUGAGCUGGAGAACUGCUUGUAUGUGGUGGGGGGACACACGUCCCUGGCAGGUGUCUUCCCGGCCUCACCUUCGGUCUCCCUGAAGCAAGUGGAGAAAUACGACCCUGGGGCCAACAAGUGGAUGAUGGUGGCCCCCCUGAGGGACGGCGUCAGCAAUGCUGCGGUGGUGAGCGCCAAGCUGAAGCUCUUUGUUUUUGGAGGAACCAGCAUCCACCGGGACAUGGUGUCCAAAGUCCAGUGCUAUGACCCCUCAGAGAACAGGUGGACGAUCAAGGCUGAGUGCCCCCAGCCGUGGCGAUACACAGCCGCCGCUGUCCUGGGCAGCCAGAUCUUCAUCAUGGGGGGUGACACGGAAUUCACGGCGGCCUCGGCCUACCGCUUUGACUGUGAGACCAACCAGUGGACACGGAUUGGGGACAUGACCGCCAAGCGCAUGUCCUGCCACGCCCUGGCUUCCGGCAACAAGCUCUAUGUGGUCGGGGGCUACUUUGGGACCCAGAGGUGUAAGACCCUGGACUGCUAUGACCCCACUUCAGAUACAUGGAACUGCAUCACCACGGUGCCCUACUCACUCAUCCCCACAGCCUUCGUCAGCACCUGGAAGCACCUGCCCGCGUGAGGAGCACCUGCCGAGCCCAGCCAGACUGCGGCCCUCAGUGUCACAACGUGGCCUUGGCUUGUCUGCCACAGCGGGAGCUCAGCCAGCCCUGGGCCAGCACUCCGAGAGGUGGAAGGGGCUCCGCCAACUCUGGGGAGCAGCAGCCUUCAGCUGUUCUGAGCUUGAGGCGAGAAGAGAAGUGUCUCUUGCAGCUGUGCCCCCGGGGGCCUUCUCAGCUUUGCAGUGGUUUGUGGGAAGAGAUUCCUUCCAGAGGGGCAUAGAUGGCACCAGGACCGACCUUGGCCUCGGGGAGAAGGACGCCUUGAGAUCGAGAUCACCUUUUUGGCAGGUCCUGAACUGGGGCCCGGCAGGCAGGGGCAGGGAGGAGCCCUGGGUGGGCGUCAGGGCCCGAAGCACUGCCGGCACAGCCCGUUCCUCCCGGCCUGCCCUGCUGGGGCUGAAUUGCCAUCUGUAGAUGGUGUCCCAGGCCUGGGAAACCAGGUCCCAGGUUGAGACCAGAAAGGUGAUGAGGAGAGAACCUGGGACAGAUUUUAUAAGGGGCAGAAAUUCUGCAGGGGGCCUCAGUGACAUCCACAAGGCCUUAUUAGCAAAGGACACCCAGACCUCCAAGGUCUGUGGACCCCUCCUGCAAAGCUGUAAGUCCCAGCCCACCCACUCAGGGCCUUACCCAGUGCAUGGCCCGGUGGGAACACAGAUGAUCGUGCCCACUCACCGGAGCUGGGCCUGUGGCAGGGUCAAGGUUUCAAGUACCCUCAGGGACCUCCCCUCCUCAGAGCCCACCCUGAGAGGCAGCAGUGACCCCCAUCGCACACGCCUGCCGGCCGCACUGGGGGCUCCCUCCCAGCAGACCUCGCCAAGACCAGCAGCACUGGGGUCUCCCUCCCAGCAG